AUUAGAGACAAAAAGUCUACCCAGUGGGCCAUUGUACACACAUAGGAAUGGAACACAGAGGAAGAAAUGAUAAGAAAUCAAAGAAAUUGAUGAGACUGAAGUGACUACAUGAUGAAGACCAGAGAGACUGUUGAGGUAAAGAUGACUAGCCUUCACCAUGGGAUUCCAGCAUACCAUUCAAUUCUUUUGUAGCAGCAUUGGCUUUGGUUGUGAAAGGUAAAAGUUUGUUGUCAAGGAACACACAUGGUGGUCACUACACAAAGUUUUGGUUUUUAUUGAAAAUUUGAAUAUGGUUAAGCUCUCCUAGGCCAUUAGGAAUAUGCUACAUCAAAGGGCAUGGGAAGGAAGAGUAAUAACUAAAAGGGAAAUAAGGUGGUAAUAACUAAAAGGGAAAGAUGAAGACCAGUUUAAUCCAUCCUCAUUUUGUACACUCUAUUAUCUUGUUUUAGCCUUGUCAAUCUUAGAAUUGCAACAGACAACAGAGACACACUAAAAUUUCUCUAGUUUCUGUCAAGCCAACUAGAAAACUGAAUGAUCCCAUGGAAAGCAUCUCCACAGGAAACCAAACUGUCACUGAAUUUAUACUUCUUGGCUUCCAUGAAGUCCCUGGGCUAUACCUCCCAUUCUUUUCUGUUCUCACCAUCGUCUACGCCUCCAUCAUCACAGGGAACAUGCUCAUUGUAGUGGUGGUGGUGAGCUCCCAGAGGCUUCACACACCUAUGUAUUUUUUUCUGGUGAACCUGUCCUUCAUUGAGAUCCUCUAUACCUCCACAGUGGUGCCCAAAAUGUUGGAGGGCUUCCUACAGGAGUCUGCCAUCUCUGUGGCUGGCUGCUUGCUCCAGUUCUUCCUCUUUGGCUCUCUGGCUACAGAUGAGUGCUUUCUUCUGGCUGUGAUGGCAUAUGAUCGCUACCUAGCAAUCUGUCACCCGCUAAGAUACCCACUUUUGAUGGGGCCUCAGUGGUGUCUGGGGUUGGUGCUCACAGUCUGGCUGUCUGGAUUCAUGGUAGAUGGACUAGUUGUUGCUUUGCUGGCCCAGCUGAGGUUCUGUGGCCCCAACCAAAUUGACCACUUUUACUGUGAUUUCUCACCCUUGAUGGUCCUGGCCUGCUCAGACACCAGAGUGGCCCAGGUGACCACAUUUGUUCUCUCUGUUGUCUUCCUGACGAUCCCCUUUGGGCUGGUUCUGGUUUCCUAUGCUCAGAUUGUGGUGACUGUGUUGAGAGUUCCCGCUGGCACCAGAAGAACAAAAGCUUUCUCUACAUGCUCCUCUCACCUGGCUGUGGUGUCCACAUUCUAUGGAACACUCAUGGUCUUGUACAUUGCACCCUCUGCUGUCCACUCCCAGCUUCUCUCCAAGGUUGUUGCCCUGCUCUACACAGUGGUCACUCCCAUCUUCAACCCCGUCAUAUAUACCUUGAGGAACCAGGAGGUACAUCAGGCACUAAGAAGGCUUCUCUACUGCAAAGCAAUUGAAAUGUGACCUAAGGAGAGCAGUGAAGAUUUUCUAUUGGACGUUCAGGGUCUUGCUUGAAAAGUCUCCCAUAAUGGGCCGGGGAGGAACACUGUUAUUUCCCCAAAUUUCCCUUUAAGUCUUCUGAAUUAUUCCCGAGGGGAAGAUAAGAGUUCAGCAAUUUUCAAAUAUUAGUGUGGUGGUUUGA